AUGGUCGCGAGUAUUGCAGUGACGCCUUACCUUGAUCGAUCGUGUGUUAAUCAGCUUGCAGACCUUGCCCUUUCCUCCGCCAAAACCACUCACGAAAGGAACUCUGCAACUCGUACGGACCCGUGCUCGUCUCAGGCUUUUGAUCUCAUCGAGUCGAAAUCCGAACCAAAUACUAUCGACCUUUCACCUCUUCCCUCGAUCUGCCGAUCACCCCAUCUUCCUUAUCGAAAUCCUCUUUCGACACCACAACGCUCGGACCUAGACUGGAGUCCCUUGUCCCUCCCUGCCACUCCGUGGGCCUUAAGGCUCUGCGCCGGGACAUAUAUAUACCUCUUUCCCAUCGGAUCAUCAAACGGACUUUCGACAUGCAACCUCAUCGGAACGCCAACUCUUGCACACCCUCAUCAACUCAUUCACCAGCUGAAAAUUACUUCGAUCAUGUCCUAUCUCAUCGCUCGAUCCCCCUCCCUGCAGGCCGACACCGCUGGCUUCGAUAAAGGCGAAAGGCACAUUCAUGCUCUCUCCCCUAACCGCCGCCGAGCCAUCACGGGACCUUUGCCCCUAAGGCAAGAAGCUUCGGUCGAAGCCAGCAAGCAGAUGCAAUCGCAAAGGCCGGGCCUUUACAAGGAGGCGAGAGUCCCGGUUCAAGCCCUAGGCUCUGGCCUGUCUGCCUCGCCCUUGACUCCUGUCGAGAAGAACAAGGUCACCAUCAAACGGGCCAGGCUGUCCAACGGCGUCGCCAAUCUCAAAGACAAAGGAACCAGACAGCAUGCAAGCAAGGCGACUGCUGGAGGCACGGCUUUGUAUACGAUUUCCGAAACUGCCGUCUAG